CACUCAGAAACCCCAAAUCCACAAACCCUCGCCGGCGCCGGCGCCGACGCCGCCGACGGCCAUGGCCGAGCGGGAGUUCGCCAACGUCGACCCAGCGACGGCGGCCGAUGCGCGGCGCAAGGGAUGCGACCCCCGCAAGCUCGACCAGGCCGCGGAGAACGUUCUAGCCUACAUCUACGCCACCCUCCCAAGCUUCCCCGUCUACCCCGGCACGCGGCUCCCGGCCCUCGCCGCCUCCUCCGACGGCGUCGACCGCAUCAGCCGCCUCCCCGACGAGCCCCUGCGCAACAUCGUCGCCCGCCUCCCCGUCAAGGACGCCGCGCGCACCGCCGUGCUCUCCUCCCGCUGGCGCGCGCUCUGGCCCUCCACGCCCCUCGUCCUCGUCGACUCCUUCCUCCUCCCCAAAGGCCAGGGCUUCCGCCCCACCCCGGCCAGCUCGCCGGCCGUCACGGCCGCCGUCUCCGACAUCCUCGAGGCGCACCCGGGGCCCUUCCGCUGCAUCCACCUCGUCUGCACUCAGAGCGCGUACCGGAACCAGAACCAGCUCGCGCGCUGGCUCCAGCUCCUCGCCGCCAAGGCCGUCCAGGACCUCGUCCUCGUCAACCGCCCGUGGCCGCGCGACGUGCCCCUCCCGCCCACGAUCUUCGCCAUCACCACCCUCACCCGCCUCUACGUCGGCCUGUGGAAGCUGCCGGACACGGCCGCCCUGCGCGGCGCCUCCUUCCCCCACCUCCGCGAGCUCGGCCUCUGCUGCGUCGAAAUGGAGCAGGGCGUGGUGGACUCCCUCGUCGCCAGGAGCCCCGUCCUGAAGGUCCUCAACAUCCUGGGAUGCAUCAAUGGGCUGCGCCUCCGCCUCCUCAGCCAGAGCCUACGCUGCCUGCAGAUCAGCUGCUCGAAAAUGGAGCACAUCGCCGUGGUGAAGGCUCCGUGCCUCGAGCGGCUCAUCCUUUUUGGAUCUGGCAAAAUCGAUGGCGGCUUGUGCAGCAGACUCAAGAUUGGCGAUGUCCCCAAGCUGCACGCUUUUGGAUACUUGGAUCCAGGCCAGGUCCUGCAGAUCCGAGACACCAUCAUCAUGCCCGGGAUAGCAAGCACAAGUACCAUGAUGAGAAGCGUCAAGAUUUUGAGCUUGAAUGUGCGUUUCGGAGUUCGCAAUGAGGUCAAGAUGUUGCCCAACUUUCUGAGAUGCUUUCCCAACGCGGAGAGACUCCAUAUUCUGAGUGAGAAAUGUGAUAAACCCACUGGCAACCACCUGGGCCUCAAGUUCUGGGAAGAGUCUGGUCCCAUCGAGAAUGUCCUCUCGCGCAUCAACGUGACGAGUAUCCGUGAGUUCAGAGGGGACCCAGGUGAGGUUGGCUUCCUGGAGUUCAUCUUCCGGAACGCGCUGGCACUGAAGACCGUGUCUGUUUCCAUGGCCAAUCCAAGCUUCACACCGUUCUCGACGGAGGAGGCAUACGCCAAGGUGAAAUAUUGCUACAGGAACAAGGCGAGCAAGUCCUGCCAGAUGGCUGUCAUUGGGAGCACCGGCCCUUCAGGAGGUGAAGUUUGGAGGUUCAAAGACGGGGCAGAUUUUUCUUUCCAUGACCCCUUCUCCCAAGUGGAGGUCAGGUGAGCUUAGUUUCUGUGGAGAAGUGGACUGGCUGUUUUCUGAUGCAAACUAUGAAGUAUGGUGUCUGUCUCUUGCUAGCCGUGCCCAGUGCCCUUGUGAUGGUCCGUCGAAUUUUGACGCUUGAUGAGCUGAUAUUUUGCUUGCCCUAUAUGUAACCUGUGUUACCGGUUUCCCGGUCUAUCUAUGUAUGUUCCAUGAACCAUUUCAUUUGUGGCGGCGACAUGUUCAA